AUGAAUCACACAUCUACAAAAGCCACAACAACCAACCCUUGUGUUAAAACCAAACCUUUCUUUAUUGAGCAAAGUUAGUAACACCAAGACACACAACACAACCAUGUCAACGAGAUCAAUUGAAACAACCCUAACCCUAAUGUUAUGCCUUGCAAUAAUUGCCACAACAGCAUUGGCUCAAUCCACCAACACCCCAGUUCUUGACACCAAAGGGCACCCUCUUGAGCGUGGCAAGGAUUACUACAUCAAACCCGCCAUAACAGAUAAUGGAGGUCGUGCCACUUUGCUAAGCAGAAACUCGCCAUGCCCUUUAUACGUUGGUCAAGAGAAUUCUGAUGCAGAAGAGGGUUUACCCGUUUUCUUCAACCCUUUUGAUGAAGCAGAAAACAUUGUGAGGGUGAAUAGGGACUUCAAGGUGGCAUUCAAUGCUUCCACAACAUGCAUUCAAGGCACAGGGUGGAGGCUCAGUGAGAGGGAUGCAAAGAGUGGAAGAAGACUCAUUGUUGCAUCAGGGAAUGAUAGUUACUUCAGAAUUGUGGAGGCACAAAGUGAAGGUAUUUAUAAUAUUCGUUGGUGUCCUACGGAUGUGUGCCCUUAUUGUAAGUUUGACUGUGGCACUGUUGGUAACUUGCGUGAGAAUGGGAAGAUUUUGUUGGCCUUGGAUGGUAAUACGCUACCUGUUGUCUUUGAGAGGGCAUAAUAUAUUAAUGUGUCAUUUGUGCUUGUGUUGUGUAUGAACUUGAAAUUUGUUUGUAACCAGUUGGCAAAUAGUUGGAGCUACUGAUAUAGGAAGGAAAAGAAAUACACGUCUCUUUUCCUUUUCUUCAUUUGUAGAAUAAAGCUCUAAAUUGUUAUUAUUUGUGUAAUUUAUAGAAUAAAGUUAUUGUAUGUAUUAAUUUACAAAUUGAAAAAUGCUGGUUACACUCAU